CACAUCACAUUGUGACCCGUAAUUGGCUGAUCUAAACUGUCUGUCUUCCGGUCCCAUCGUAGGCCCUACUGCCUGUGUAAGUUGUAGUGGGCCCGGGUAAAGCAGAGCUUUGGAUUUGGCGUCGGGACGUGCCGGGUAUUUGGCGGUAAAAGGUCAGCUUGGAAGCGGAGCUAUCCUCCCGGAGUACAGGGAGUAGAGUGUCGGAGAAGGACAGAGAGGCCGGGGACAGGAGGAGGAUGAGCGCUGGUAUCGCGUUGCUGGCACGAUAGCGGUUCCCACACGCCCCCCCAGGCCUGCUUCAUCCGCCGUCAUGCUGAUAGAGAAUGUGGAGGCCUUCAGGACGUGGCUGGCCAAGUUACUGGAGCCCAUAUGUGAUGCAGAUCCUACAGCUCUUGCGAAUUAUGUUAUUGCCUUGGUCAAGAAGGACAAGUCAGAUGAGGAGCUUAAGGCCAUUUGUGCUGACCAGUUGGAUGUUUUCCUACAAAAAGAGACAAAUGAAUUUGUGGAUAAACUCUUUGAAAGCCUGAACACGGGAAGCUACCUUCCUCCUGAAGAAUCUAUAAAAGCUGAGGAAAGAGAGGAAGCUUCUGAGUGUCGUCAUAUGGUUAUGCCAGGUUCUCUGCAGGAAUCUUUGGAGGAAGAGCGGGAAAACAGAAAAAGGAAGCCACCAAGUCCUCCAAGAAAUCGUUCAGAUUCUAUUGAGAGGAGGACAAGAGAUAAAAAGAGAGAAGAUGGGAAAUGGAGGGAAUUUGACCGACACAGAGACAGAUAUGAUUGGCGGAGAGGCAGAAGUAAAAGCCCAUCCAAAAACAAGCCAUUAAAUAAUAGUAGGAGUCGUAGCAGGGGAAGAAGCAGGGACCGGGAAUCUACCAGAAGCCGAGAUCACCGGGAAAGGACGAAGUUUGAGUCUGAAAGAAAUGAGUUGGAGAAUGUAUACAACCCAGCCUCACAGGCUGUCAGCAUCACCACUGAGCAGCAGCAGUAUUCCUCUGGUGGGCAGGCUAUCCCCAGCACUGUGACUGUCAUUGCACCUGCUCACCACCCUGAGAGCACAACAGAGAUCUGGUCUAAUUACUAUAGCAACCACAACCCUGCCAAUUCUUACAACAGAAACCCACCUCCUAAACGACGCUGCCGGGAUUAUGAUGAACGAGGGUUCUGCGUCCUUGGCGACCUUUGCCAGUUUGAUCAUGGAAAUGAUCCCUUGGUGGUCGAUGAGGUUUCCUUACCCAGUAUGAUUCCUUUCCCACCACCCCCUGGACUGCCACCCCCUGGUAUUUUGUUGCCUCCUAUCCCUGCACCAGCUCAUAAUAUGAGAAUGCCAGUUCCUAGGCCACUUAUCCAGCCCCCUCCCACUGUCCAUUCUGCUCCAAGGCUUCCAAUAACGCAUUCAGGCUUGCUAAAUAACCGUGAACAACCCAGGACAAGUACUGUGCCCAGUCUUGCACCAGUAGGAGGAAGGCUGCCUCCUCCCUUACCUCCUCAGAAUCUGCUCUACUCUGUGUCAGAACAUACAUAUGAACCUGAUGGGUACAACCCUGAGUCUCCAAGUCUUACUGGCACAGGUAGAACUGGGUAUCGGCCAUUUUAUACACGGCCACAGCAGCAAAGGUCAAAUCUGAUAGGUUUGACAUCGGGCGACAUGGAUACUCCACCAAGAGUUGUUUUGCACAAAGCAGCUCCAAUCUCAUUCUUUUUGGGUCCCCCGCCGGUGCUUCUGGCUCCUCCUCCUCGAGCAGUGCCCCCAGAGAAAGCUGCUUGCCCUGGGGACAGCCCAGGCUAUCGUGAACAUCGCUGGAUUGGAGGGAGCUCAGCUGCUAAUAUUGUGAUCCAGACUGAACCACCUCCUGCUGCUCCUGAAAAUAGUAAUCUAAAUCGACUGGUGGUGGAACCAGACAGAAAGAGACCACUUGGAAACAUGAAUGAUGGACCUUUUGUUAAGAAGCCCUGGACAGACAAGCAAGGAAACAACAACCAUAACAAAUUAGGAUUUGGAAAAAAAAUUCAGUACACAAAUACCAAACUUGAAGUCCGAAAAAUUCCUCAGGACCUAAACAAUAUUACCAAACUGAAUGCGCACUUCAGUAAAUUUGGUACUAUUGUUAAUAUACAGGUUGCUUUCCAAGGGGAUCCCGAGGGUGCUCUAAUCCAGUACUUGGCAAAUGAGGAAGCUAGGAGAGCAAUAUCCAGCACUGAAGCUGUUCUAAACAAUAGGUUCAUCCGGGUACUCUGGCACAGGGAAAACAAUGAACAGCAACCUCAGCAGCCCCAACAGCAUUUGACACAGCAGCAACCAGCACAUGCAAUUCAGUCUGGGCAGCAGACUGGCCCAACCCCAGGGCAGGGGCACCUCCAGAAGGGUUCUUAUGUCCUCAAUAAUGUACCUGCAAAACAUCGACUCGGAGCAGCUGGUGGUAUUCAGACUGAUACAACAUUUGUGUCUUCAAACCAGAAUAAUCCAGGAGAGGAAAAUCCGAAUUUGCCACUAUCCACCAGUCUUUCAAAAUCAAUUUACACUUCUACAACUUCAAAGCCAGCUAACAAGAACACAGUGCGAUCAAAACCGUUAGAUGUACAGGAUGCGCUUAAAAAGAAACAGGAAGCGUUAAAACUACAACAGGAUAUGAGGAAGAACAAACACGAAAUGUUAGAAAAGCAAAUCGAAUAUCAGAAGAUGUUGAUAUCAAGACUAGAGAAAAACAAAACCAUGAAGGCAGAAGAGAGAAUGGAAAUCAUGAAAACACUAAAGGUACUCGACGAAAAGAUCUCUCAGGUGAAAGAUGAAUUGAAGACGCUAGCUGCUCCAUCAAAAGUGAAAUCUAAGACUGAGGCUCAGAAAGAACUGUUGGAUGCAGAAAUGGAUUUCCACAAACGUCUGUCUUCGGGUGAAGACACCACAGAAUUGAGAAAAAAGCUGAGUCAGUUACAAGUUGAGGCUGCUCGGUUAGGAAUAUUGCCUGCUGGACGGGGCAAGUCUGUACCUACCCAGAUCAGAGGGCGAGGUCGUGGUCGUGGAGGAAGGGGUAGAGGGUCGUUAAAUCAUAUGGUUGUGGAUCAUCGACCCAAAACGAUAUCGGUUUCUGGUUUUUAUGAGAAAGAAAAGGAGGAGUUGCUGCAACAUUUUGCUAAAUUUGGUGAAGUUGAUGACUUGAAAGAAGAGGAAUUCCCACCAACUGUCAUUUUAACAUUCAAGACAAGGCAAGAGGCUGAAAAUGCAGCUAACCAAGGUUCAAAAUUUAAAGGUCGAAAAUUAACAGUUUGCUGGCACAAACCAAAGAUUCCUUCCAUGUCCACUGAAACAGAGGAGGAAGAGUCCAAGGAAGAGGAGGCUGAAACCUCAGAUCCAUUUCUUCAUGAAGAUGAUGAUGAAGACGAGGAUGAAGAUGAGUCUCGAUCUUGGAGGAGAUAAAGAAUCGGCAGGACUGUACAUAUUAUAUUUUUCCCUCUUAAAGAGUGUUUGCAGAACUUUUUACCAUGAAAACACAAAUGGAAAGCAGAGUCAGAUUCAAGGAAGACUUUUUCCCCUCUCUCCACAUUAUUGCAGAAAGUAAAUCAAUGAAUUGUGAAUAAGCCACACGUAUGAAAGCCAAAGGCAAAAGACUGUGUGGUUUUUGUUUUUUUGUUUUUUUGUGACUGUGGUCCUAUAUGCAGAGUAGAGUGAAAUAUUUUUGAAAGUCUUUAAAAUACAUAGUUUUAUUUUUUAAGAUUUAAAUUGACCCAACUUGAGUAGAACCUAAAUAUUUAAUUGUAUAGUAUCACUUUAGUUCAGUAUUAAUUUAAUAAUUCUCUCAAAUCCAAUGCCUUUAUAAAUAUACAGAUGCUUGGUCCUUACUUGUAGGCACAGAAGUAGAACCAUAUACCUCUCGGCCCAUAUCAACACAUUUUCCCACUCCAGUGAAGAACUGGAAGCAAACACCUGUAUUCUUUGUUUUACAGACAGCCACCCAUGUGUUCAAAAAGACAGCAAAGGGUGGCUGAGAUCUGGACUAACACGCACACACUUGUUUCUAACAGUGUUUCCCAAAUCGAAUCUUCUGGUGCUACUAACAUGUCAGGUUUUCAAUUUGUCCAGGUGGUAGCCAGGCACAUUAUUAAUAUUUUUGUAAAAGCAGAACACUGGUUAUCUUAGAAAUGGCUGAUGACCAGGUUCACAUCUUAAUAUUAGGUGCCUCAAUUUGUAACAGCUAGCUGGCAAAAGCUGCUGUGCUAUCGCACAGUUGUGUCCUUGGUUAUGGUACCUGUACAUAGAAAACACAUAAACAUUGAUCAGGCAGUACUGCUACAAAUUGAGUUUAAUAAUGAGAUCUGCACCAAAAUUCUGGUUGGUCAAUAGCACUUUUUGAAGAUGUGUGUAGGUUGCACCUGACAUUUCAUAAAGCUUUCCCAAAAAGUACUCUGGAUGACCUGUCCAAACUUAUAGGCCCAAAAUUUUAAUACUGGAAUAAAGAUCUUUUAUUUUCAGCUACGUCACUGUAAAUUUUAAAUCUGCUGAAUCCUUAUAUAUUUUCUUCUUCUUCUUUCUUUUUUUUUUUUAUAUAUAUAAUAAAGAUCUUUAUCCUUAUGUGUUAGGUUUGUGAGUAGAGUCCCAUGUCUUGGUUAGUAGCACUAGUUCCUCUUUCUGUGUACCUGUGACAAGGUCUAGAAAAUAUGACCUGGCAACUACACUUGAAAUUUUUUUUUCAUUUAGUAGCAUGGUUUUAAUUGCCUUUUAACUCCUAGCUUAUUUGCAACACAGUGAAAAUGUCUGCAAAUUUGCUUAGUUGACAACUAGAGGUUUAUCUUCUGCUUCUAAACAAUUUAUAUUGUCCUUGUUUAAUGCAUAGUUUAGCCCUCUGUGAUCUGGGAAAAGCUUAUUUGAAAUCCAGCCCAUAUUGGUCAGUUUACUCUUUUUUGCCAGUAAAAAUGCUUUAAAGUCUCAGCAAUUUUACAAGAUAAUUUGUACUCCUGUGUUUUGAAUACCCCUGCUUGACCGGUUUUCUUUGAAAAAGUACUAGUUGAUACCUGACCAAUUUUGUCCUGGGUAAUGAACUCAUUACCAAGCAUUCUGUAUAUCUGUGAAGUUAGCAGGAUUUGUUAAUAGAUCAAGCAGACAAUGUAUGCCUUUGUUUAUUUUUAAUAGAUAAUUGUAUGACAUUACAUUGCACAGUAAUGGUGGACUGUAUUUAAUCAGGAGAGGCAGUAGGGGAUUGUCAAAUCCUUCAUAAAGGUGUACUUUGAUAUCAUUUAGCUGGGUUCACCUAAACGCAUGAAGCAUCUUUAUCAUGUACAUUAUUAUAAAGGUUUGGUCUACCAAACUGUUUCAGUUGCUGGAUGUUGGUAAAUUGAAUUACAUCUGAUUGUCACAUCUGUGGUCUCAUUCACAAGUGCUGCAGACACUGCCACUCCUCUGCAAUGCGAUUCACACUUUGAUAAUUUUUCAGAGAUAUUUGACAGGCAGUGAGGAGUCAUUGUUGCCUUCUCACUGAAUGAUUUAACUGUCGUACUACCGAGCUUACGGUGCUGUUCUAGCAUGGCCAAUAGACCUGAUUUAAGUUGGAGCCUGACAAAAACGUCACGCUGUUUAAGCUUUGCCACAGCAUGUGUAUAGCCAUGAGCAGCUGGCUGUUAGUGCUCAGGCGGUCGGCACUGGGUGUGAAACUGCAGUUUAGCCUCCUGGUUUUACUGCCCCCUAACCUCUGAAACUGACAAGCCCUUUGCACAUUCAGGUCUACUUAACCUUGAGAGUCGAGAGGUAAAAAGAAGGCUCAUUCUCCUUUUUUGGGUAUUUAUUUUUAUUUAUGGAGAGUAGAGAAAUAAGAAUUGGCACCUUGGGUUGGGGCAAGAGAAGUGAGACUCCAAGUUGAGCAUGAGAUGCCAGGCAAGAGAUGUAUUCUGGCCAGCAGAAUUGUGCAUUUUACACACGGAUAACCUUUUUGAGAGCAAUGCGUGUACAGUGAGAUCAAAAAAUUUACAAAGCUUCCAUUGUUUGGUUUCAAUAUUUUAUUGGGUUUUCAAAAAUUGUAACAAGCCAUGGUUUGCCCACGCAGGGGCAACAUUGAACAGAUAAAUAAGGAAGCAGCGCAUGAACGCGUAAUGAAUAACAAAACAAACUAUAACCCAGGCCAUGGAGGACCAGGUUGAAAAUUAGACCUGUGUCAUAGACGCACAUGUUGUUCUGAACACCGGUGUACAACAAUCUACAUUGUUGGCCUUCAUAUCAGAACAAGGCUUCCAUUGUUCAAGAUGAAGCCAGUGUAUUAAUGGUCUUAGAGUGACCUUGUUAAACGUGUCAGCAUAUGCCAAAGGCUGAAAUAUCCAGUUUGUGCAGACCAAACCUAUAAAUGAAUUGUUUAAGGAGAGACUCCAGUUUUGUUGUGGGCAAAAAAUUCUUCUCCAGCUUUGCUAUCCAAAUUGCAGGAAUUAUUGCAGGAACAACCUUUUAUUGUAGAUCUUGCCUGCCUUUUUUUCCUCUGUGCCUGCACAUGGCACUAAAAGUGUGGGCUACAUGGUAAAAUGUUUGUGUUCUAAGAACACUGCAUCCCUUUAAUCACGCAGCAUACUCUGCAAGUAUCUCACUAAAGAUAAUGGGUAAAUGCUGGAUGUACUGGAGAUGCCUAUAAUCUGACUUCAAGCUCUGUGCAGACAUUAACCAAAAAAAUUACCUAUUAAAUAUAUAUAACAUUUUUUUUUUCCCAACAAGACUGGAGUUUCCUUUCAGGACUAUAGUAAAAGCCAGCAGUCGGUUCUCAUCUGCAACGUCACCUACAUUUCACUAUUGUGUCAUGUUGAUGCAGAGACCUUUAUAUGUGGAAAUUGGGAGGGAGACAAAGGAUUUAUAUAUUGUGUACAGAUGUUUUCUUAAGAUGUAUAAUUUUGUACAUAACUUUCUCCUUUCUGCGUGCUAAAAUUCUUAUUGAAUAUAUGCCCAGAAAUGUUUUAUUUUUGUACCAAAAGUGGUGAGGAAGAAGACCAAACUUGUGAGGCAAAAAGUGGCCACAUCAGCAGUAGGCAAAAGUUUUUUUUUGUUUUUUUUUGUUUUUUUCUUCUCCUCCUCCCUUCCUUUUUUUUUUCUGUCACUCCGCAUUUUCACAUUGGACAGUGAACUGUCCUCAAACUUUGCUUUGCAGUUGUUUUUAUUUAACUUUGUCAUUUUAAUUCUGGAAAGCUUACAAGAUGUCAUGUGCUGAUGUGCUGGGAUUACAUAAAUUGUAGGUUUCUUGGUGAAACCAUCCAUUUAUAUAUUUUGAUUUUUGUAAGAUAUUUGUCAAGAGAAUGACCCAUAUUUUAGUUUCUAUUCUUAUAAUUUAGUUUACAGUUGCCUAAAAUUUCAUUUUUUUUUUCCCUAACAAUCACCUUUUAUAUGACUAUUUAAAGGAGGACUUUACCAAGCAUCCAUUUGGAGACUUCAAGUAUCUUAUGUUUCUAUACCUCUAUUGUAGUGCCAAGAUCUCAUGCUGAGGUCUUCUGCCUUGUCUUUAUAUAAAAAAGUGUUGUGUUCGCUCCAUAUUCUGGACUAAAAAUUUCCUUAGUAAACAGCCAAAAUUGUGUCAUGCACUCUAAAUUUAGUGGAUUGCAUGGGUGGACACAAAGUAAUAUUUAUGCAUGUAUCCUCACUCUCAUUGUAUCCCAAAUGCUUGCGCUGAAGUCUCCUUUAAAGAAACUGUCAGUCUGUUAAAAAAAAAAAAAAGAAUGCCGGUCUCCUGCAAUAGAAGAGCUCUUGUAUUUACCUCUCUGGCAGUCCAUGUUUUCUACCUUUUCCAAAUGCUGCACCCCACUUUAAAAUUCUUUGGCAUUUGACACUUGUGGUAUUGUCUGUGUGCUGUGGUUUCCUCUACAGUCCCCUACAUCACUGCUGAGUCAUGUAGGGCUCAGGGUAUGGAACAGAAAUGUGACAAUCUCAGAUGUGUAGAAUACUCAGGAAUAUUACGGAGGCUGCAGCCCCUGAACAGAGGGGAAGAUAGGAGACAUGGGCUGAUGCAGAGGUGAGUUUUACUAGCUUUGCGCUGCCAGGGAUUUUGAUUAUGGUUUAUGUUGUGCAUUCAUCAGUAUUGAAUUACUGUAUAUCUCGGUUAAUCAGACUGAUAAUGUGUCAAUAUUAUAACCCAUAUGGCCUAUUUGCAAAAAUUGAGAGUCCCUAGUUAAUUUUAAACUGCUGGGCCAAAGCAGUUACAUGAGCUCUUAAACACCAAUUUUAGUAUUGCAGUUGUGCCUUACGUAUAAUGCACCACAUGCCAGACGUAUUUCUAAAUUGGUUUAAAAUAACGCUUGUCCCUAAUGAAAAGGUCAAGUCUUGGGGCAUAGAAUCAUACCUCUUAUCUUAAUAGCAUUGUUUUCCUGAACCAUUCUAAUGAAGAAACGCCAGUGUGUUUCCUUAAGUUUACUACACCAUAAACAUACUUUUGUGAUAAUAAUCUGUAUUUAAAAAAACUCAUGUACACACGUUUUAAACACAUUUUUCACCUUCAUAAUUUUGUUAUCUGCUUUUUACUCUUCUAAAUAUAUGAAAUGAACAGUGAGGCCUUAAUGAAUCUUACAACAGACCUGCUAGUUCAUUGUUGAUAAUAAAAUUGGCCAAGAUGCAUGGACAGGAGUAUUAAAGAAUACAAAGAGAUUUUGAUAAAAUGAUCAUAUGGGUGGUGUUUUGGUUCUUCUUAUGUAUUAUAUAUGUAUUAUAGUUUUUACAAUAUGGUGAACUUGUGUCAUAGUAUAAUAGGCAAUAUUGUUGAUUUUCUAACUGUUUAUACGUUUAAAAAUCAUCCAAUGUAAUGUUUUAUUAAUUUACAAGUUGAAUUUCUUAAGGCAUGUUCAUUUUUGCAAUAAAGAGACAUGGUUCCGUGGUUCAAGACAGACAAAAUAACAAGUAAAAAAAAAGAGGAAAAAAAAUACACUGGUUAAAAAAACAAAAACAAAAGGAAAAAAAAAAAACACAUCAAUAUAGUCAUCCCACAAACUCUGAAUUGGAUAUAACCAGAACCACACCAAAAAAUUUACAACUUAAA